AUGAUGAAUGAUAGCCAUGCAUUGUUGUUGGAUGAAGAGUUGACAAAGAUAAAUAAGAGAUUUGAGAAUGGUGAGAUGAAGGCAUUUGGACUGAAUCAACAGAGGAUAUUGAAGGAGUUCCAAGAGAUAAGGAAGCAACAGGCACAGCUAUCAGUCAAACAAGUGUCAAUAGGUUCUGAACGUAUCAAAUUCCAUGAUGUAGACUCUCUAGGCAAAGACGAUCUCAAUACCAACGUCUAUGAAUCAGUGCGCGAACGUGAUGAGGAUCUGACAAAGUUGACAACAUCCCUCAAUGUAAUAUGUAAGAAUAUAGAGAAUGCUAAUAAGGUGGCGGUUAAUCAUCAAUCAACAUCCAAA